AUGACGCCCUACCUUACGGGAGCUACGAAUGGUCACGCCAACGGUAGUGCGUCUUACGACAACACAGACACACUGCUCGAUGGCACGCACGCCGCCCUGGAUUUUCUUCUAGGACAGGUCACAGCUCAACUUCCGGAAGAGUGCUUGCCAUAUGUUGCACGAGCACGUUUCUCGACAGCCAACACCGGAAGUCCUUACUUUCCGAGUCCAUUGAAACAGACAGAAGCCAUUUCAGCUCUAAAGGCGGUGGAAGCUGGCGUAGCAGCAUCAAUAGCAGAUCUCAAAACCAAUGUGCCGGAUCGAAGCAUCAAUGUGGACCUGGAACGAGCUUCCGCCUUCCUCUUCUCUACGUACCUUGCCACUGUUGGCGGCAUGGACAAGGCACAUCCCAAAGUGAAGAAGUACUUGAAGGAUACCGAUCUCCUCCAAGCUCAGUCCAUCCUCUAUCGCAGACUGUCCGCGAACCUCUACGCAACCAAGAACCAUGGCGAAUACUUCCAUCUUCAUGGUUCUCUGGAAGCUACCAAAGCGCUAAACAUGAUCGGCUUAGAAGGCCACCGAGCAGACCUCACCGAGUACCGCGAAUGUAUUAAAGUCAUUGAAGAUCAUGUCAAGAAGUACACUGUCGACGAGCUUGAAGAGAUGAACUGGAGGAUCAAACAGGCGGGUGUGACCUGCUUGAAGUGGGAAGACUUCCAGACCACCGAGCACGGCCAAGCUCUACUGCAAGAGCCGCCGUGGAGAGUCGACCUUCUAGAACCUGAAUCGCCUCCUGCUCCGUUCCCUUUCGCUGCGUCAUCGGCGCCGAAACCCCAAAUUCUGGCAGGAAUUCGCGUCAUCGAACUGUGCCGGAUAAUUGCAGGACCGGCGAUCGGACGAGGAUUGGCUGAAUAUGGUGCCGAAGUCAUCAAAAUCACGUCGCCCAAUCUAUCCGACGUACCAUUCUUUCAAGUGGACGGCAAUCUAGGCAAGCAUGCCGCUGAACUGAACUUGCGCGAUUCGAGCGAUCGCAAAGUUUUUGAGGAUUUACUGGAAUCUGCCGAUGUUAUCCUUGAUGGUUACCGACCAGGCAGUUUAAAGCGUCUCGGAUACGGCCCCAGCCAGAUAUUGCAGCUCGUAAAGGGUCGCAAACGUGGCAUCGUGUACGUGGCUGAAGACUGCUUCGGUCAUGUUGGGCCUUGGUCCUCGCGACCAGGAUGGCAGCAAAUUGCGGAUUGCGUGUCAGGCGUCGCUUGGGCGCAAGGCCUCGGGAUGGGCCUCAACGAACCUGUCGUGCCACCAUUUCCCAUGAGCGACUACGGUACCGGCUGCAUGGGAACGAUUGCAGCGUUGACCGGUCUAUACAAGCGAGCAAAAUAUGGCGGGAGUUAUCUUGGCACAACUUCACUUUGCCAGUACGACAUUUAUCUACUUCAGUUAGGGCUAUACGACGAGAACAUAAUGGCCCAUCUGAGGGAACAGCACGAUAGCGAGUUCUUCGAACUACGCCACAACGACUCAGUUGACGAGGUUGGCAAGCGUGCUUUGAAAACAAUGAGGAGGACACAUCCCGAACUUUUUGACGAUAAGCACAUGCAAGGAUGCUUCAGUCGGGGUUUUGAUGCAAUCGUUCGUACCAUAAGGCCUGUCGUCGAGAUCGAAGGCACUUGGAACGGCUUCUUGCGCAGCUCCCGACCGAACGGCUUCGACACACCCACGUGGGACGACUGGGAGGUGGACGAUGACAUGUUAAAGAGCUGA